AUGGACAGCUUGAUGAACAACGAAGCUUUCAACACCGUGGCGAUAAUCCUAAAUGUUGUCAUCGACAGCCUGGACCUUGAUUCCAGUUUCAUUCAGAAUGGAGGAGACUCGCUCAAAGCAACGUCGCUGGCGAACCAUUUCCGUAAACGAGGAAUAAUGGUCACGCGAGAGAUGAUCCUCACGAGCCCUUCACUUAAGCAUCUUUUCAGCCUCUUCGAAUACCCAUCGAUGGACAAUUAUGACCUGCAGGUUGAUUCAACCCCAGCAGAGUACUCAACUGAUCUGUCUGAGAGCGACUGGCAGACAGUCUCUCCCGCGGAGCAAGACGUUUUGUCCAGCCCGAACGGCUCUAGCUGUAGGACGUCAUGUUCAAGCGUAUGCUCCUCCGCGGCCACGUUAGAAAAUGAAGUGCUUCCACCUAAAGAAAGCUUAUCGACCUAUCGUCUCGACCCGAUAUCGAUGGCUCAAGGGGCCCAGCAGGCCACAGAGAUGCAGUUGGCGCUGGUCCAUGGAACUCUUAAGGAUCGUCGAAUGAACAUGAUCAGGUUUACCAUGGUGCAUCGCAACGAAGACAUCAAUAAACUUCGCGCAGCUUGGAAGUUUAUUGUCGAUCGAGUGGAUAUCUUUGAUAUGGCUUGGGCUGCGCUGUUUACUGGUACUCAGCAUCCGCGUUUUGUGUGGGUUGAAGAUCCAUCAGAAGACGAGGCAAAGACGACCCUCAUCGGCUCCAGGUUCAUGGUUCUGUCCCAAGAUACGAACAACGGUAGCUCGAAAAUUAUUUGGACAGUACACCAUGCUCUGAUCGACGGCAUUUCAGCCCGGCUUCUCCUCCGCAACGUCCUAAGAGUCGCCAGCGGCCACCCCCCAAGCACCAUGCCAUCUUUUUGGAAAUGGGCACAAGAUCUCAAAACGUACCAACAGAACAACGCCAACCUUGCCAAAGAAUUUUGGUCGCGACAGAAACAGCUUUAUCCCGAGGCCAAGGGUACCCUGCAGUUACCAAAGCCGGACACGAACAAAGAGCCCAGCGAGGCCAAAACUAUCACACUUCCUAUAGAUGACAUACGAGAUCGCCUAGAAGUGGCAGCAAAACAUUCUAAUGUCACGUUGGCCACCAUGUUUUGUGCAGCAUGGGCGCUUGUCGUGUCUAGCUUCUCAGACUGCAGGACUGUUGUUUUCGGUGCUCUACUAAGUGGAAGAAAUAUCCCGAUUGCAAACUCUGACAAGGUAAUUGGUCCUCUGAUCAAUUCCUUGCCAUUGUACACAUUUAUAGAUCCGAAUGCUACGGUUCAAGAAUUUCUCGCUUCUCUAUUUAGGAGCCUUCUUGACCUUGAGCAGUUUUCCUGGACAUGCACCGACCAUGGAUUUGAUCGGGGCUACGACUCGACGCUGUCUGUCGAGACAUGGCACAAUGACUGGUCUGAAUUCGACAUUCGACCAGUUGCGACGUCCAAGUCCCAGCAGAGCGAUGUCCCGCUGGGCGUAACUGUAAACACUGAGAGUCUUCAAUUGCAGUACCAUACGGACAAACUCCGCACUGUGGAUGCUGAGAGAAUAACUUCUUCUUAUCAACUCGCCCUUGAACAGAUCAUUAGAGUACACACGCCCGUCGGGGUGGCUAUGGAGGCUCUCGUGUCAGCACCAAGCCGAGCCCUCUUGACCAAGUUCGGUAACUGCAUGUCAGGUCGAACCACAAGGUCUUCGGUCAGUGAUGACCUCAUCAGCUUGUUCAACAGAUGUGUAGAGAAACAUCCAGAUGAUAUUGCAGUCGACAACGGGGCUGUACAAGUAACAUAUCGUGACUUUGGCAUUAUGGCAAGUCGUGCUGCUUCCAGAAUUGCCUCAAUGAUCUCCGAAGGUGACAUUGUUUGCGUUCACUCGGACAAGUCGCUCAACUGGAUCGUGGCAAUCUUUGGUAUCCUCAAGGCAGGCGGUGUAUACUCAUCACUGGAUCCAAUCCUUCCAUCAGAAUUGAGAGCAACCAUGUUUCGGAAUGCCAACGCCAAGUUGUUCCUCACUCCAAAGGCAUGCCAGCUUUGCCAAACGCCAUUGACGUGUGAUUUAAGCGACUCGAUAGACUCAAUUCUAGCAGAUCCUACGGUAAACCCCGACAAGAGCGACAAGACACCCAAGCCAUGGGCCAAUGCCUAUCUCUGCUUUACGUCUGGUUCCACUGGGACCCCUAAGGGCGUUGUAUGCACGCACGAGGGUCUGGUUGCUUUCCAGAGCGACCUUGAGGUGAGGCUCUUUGCUCAGCCUGGAGUUCGCAUUGCUCAGGUCAUGUCGGUUGCAUUUGACGGCAGCAUUCAUGAGAUAUUCUCCGCAUUGACACAUGGUGCAACACUAGUUCUACCGUCUAGUGCUGAUCCCUUGGGUGCUUUGGACACGGCUCACUCGGCGAUUCUAACGCCUUCUAUCGCUAGGGUACUGAAUCCCGAGGACUAUCCGAUGCUGAAAUGGGUGUACCUUGUUGGCGAACCGGUUCCUCAGAUAGUAUCGGAUCGUUGGUCCUCUGUCAAAACUCUAUACAACAUGUAUGGCCCUACCGAGGGUACUGGCGGAGCAACUAUCAAACUGUUGACUCUUAGCGAUGCAGUCACCAUUGGAACACCCAACCCAACAACAAGAGUCUACAUCCUGAACUCGCAGGGAAAACUCGCCCAUCAAGGUAUGAUCGGUGAGAUCUACAUUGCAGGUGUCCAAGUCGCCCGGGGAUACGUAGGUCUUCAUGACCAAACUAAAGAGCGAUUUCUCCCUGACACCAUCAUGAGAAAUGGAGAAACCAUGUAUCGUACAGGGGAUCGAGGGUACUGGACCGAAGCUGGUGAAAUAUGUUGCCUUGGUCGAAAUGACCGUCAGAUCAAAUUGCGUGGAUAUCGUCUGGAUCUGAAUGACUUAGAGAUUCGCAUCUCGCGAGCAGCCCCCGAACUUUCUGGGGUUGCCCUAGCUCGAAAGCAAGAUGAGCUCGUGGCCGUUGUUCAACCAGAAGGUGUUGACAUUCAGCAGUUGAAAGCCAAGAUAUCCUUAGCUUUGCCCCGUUACGCCAUCCCACAUCACCUUGUUGCUCUAAACAAGAUUCCCAUGACGCCAGCUGGAAAAGUUGACUAUCGCGCUGUUUCAAAUGCUUGCGAAAGACUUCCACAGAGCCAUAGUGAGCCUUUGAGCGACAUGCAGCGGUUGGUCACCUGUGUUGUCUGCAAAGUCCUUGAGAUAAAAGACACAAAGCGAGUAUCUCUCGAUUCGGACUUUAUCGGUUUGGGCGGACAUUCCUUGAAACAGAUACGCCUUGCUCAAACACUGAGUGAAACAUUCAAGACGCGAAUACCUCUUCAACUGAUCCUAUCCAACCCGUCGAUUCGUGGGCUGUCAGAUAGCCUUCAGGUCCUGCUUGGUCCAGACCAAUCAAAGCCUUUGGCUGUAUCUUGCGCGCGGCUUGGGGACAGGGUCUCGCCCAUUGAGCACGAGUGGCUCGCCAAGUACCAAUCUCCAAGAGGGACUGCUUCUUUCAACGUCUGUUUCGCUUCCACUUUCAUUGAAGUAUCGGUUUGUAGAGACAGGCUGAUCUGGGCAUGGAAUCAAGUUUUGGAGAGACACAAAAUUCUAUCAUCGCGAUUCAAACUCGAUGGGGAGGCCUCAAAGCGAUACUCUGAUCAAGCACCACCACGACUUGAAGCUUUGUCCGAUUUUGACUUUUGGAAACAAGCCAACCGACCCUUUGAUUUGACACAGGAAAGCCCCAUACGUGUCUUUGUGGCCAGGAACAAGCUUAUGGUUGUCAUCAGCCAUGUUGUAGCAGAUUACACUACACUCAGUCUUCUACUUCAGGAUGCAUCUCGGUUUUAUCAUGGGCACCCGGUGCAAGAGAGACCCAUCUACGCGGACUCUACCUCAUUGAUGGAUGCUACAUCCGAAUCUGUUAUUCAUUUCUGGAGGGAUUAUCUAAGCGAUCUACCUCAAGCGCCAAAGCUAUUACGUGAUACACCAUUGAGAACCACGUACCAGGGCUGCUCUUUCACUAUACAGUUUGACUCCCAGCUUUGGAGUUCUAUCGUGAAGCUAUCUACAGCCAGGGCUUGCAGUAAUCAGCUGUUAGCUAUCGCAGUUGUUGCUGUUUGUCUUCACCAAGAUGCGGAUGAUAUGGACACUGUUAUUGGCAUACCUUCAAUGCACCGACAAACCGAAGAUGAACUACAGACGAUUGGGCUGUUUCUCCAACCUUUGCCUGUCAGACUAAAGCAUUCCAAGGCCACUCGAAAUUCGUCAUUCCUUCAAUCAACUCAAUGCUCUAUGCAGGCCGCAGUGGCACAUGCGACUUGUUGGGAUAGCGUUGUUAAUGAGCUUGGCGUAAACCACCAAUAUCCCAACCAUCCCAUUUUUGACAUAAUGGUCACGUUUCUAGAUGACAGAAUGGUUAGCCAACUAAAGUUGGAUAUCCCAUCUUUUGAAUCUCGCCAUAUAUGGGCGAAUGGUGCCAAAUUCAAGCUGAUGUUUGAGUUUAUGGAGGUUCCAGAUGGUAGCCUUACGCUUAGGAUAGAGUACGAUGACUCGUGCAUUUCACUACCUGAGGUAGAAGACCUUGCUUCCAGGGUAAAGGUCACAUUGGAGAUGCUGCUAGAAAGCGAUUUCAAUUUCGACCGGAUUUUGCGUUAG